UGCCUGUUUGCGCAUGUCCGACAGAUGAUGCUGCUUUAGCAGACAGCAGCACGAAGAGCUGACACGCUGAUUACAAUCCUUAUCAACGUUAUGUCGCCACAAAAUGAAGUUUACUUACUCAAAGAUUCCUGAGGACAGGAGACUUCAUCUGAAACCUCGGGGAAAUUGUGCCAAAAUAAACGCACCUUUGUGUAUGGUGAGGAAAAGGUGUCCCGUGCUGCAUUAGUUGAAGAGUGACAUGCUGGCCCGCCUGCCAGCAUCAGUUAAGCCUACCAUCAGACUACUUUCCCGCACGCAGAUGAACACUGGACCUCCAAAAUGGGAAACUACACAGAAAAUAAGAUCUGCCAGCUAUCCAACCCCAGCAGAGUUGGAUGCCUAUGCUAAGAAAGUUGCCAACAACCCUUUGACCAUCCAGAUCUUCCCGAGCAGCGUCAAAGUACCUCAAAAGAAGCACAUUCGUCGCACAGUCAACGGGCUUGACACAUCCUUGUCCAACCAACGCCAGAGUCCCUACUCCUCUCAGGUCGGCACCAGUGGGGGCCUGCUGGCUGUCCUCCGUGCACCUGUCAAAAACUCAGACACUAGCCACGCCCGACAACUACAUAAUUCAGUCAUGAACCCUCACAGUGGGCCCUACACCACUGAAAGCACUUUAAACCAUCCUCAGCCUGCUCCUCACCUACAGGGUCCGUCUCAGUCUGCACUCCAGAAGCAAAACUUGGUUCACCCUCAAGCACUACAGCAACAGCACCGUUUGACUCAUCCAAUGGCUUUACAGCAGCCUCACCCACAAGCUUUACAGCAAAGGAAUAUGGCUCGUUCACAAGCUCUCCAGCAGCAACAGAGCUUGUCCCAGAUUCAGGCGCCACAGCAGCAGAGAUUGGCUCAUCCACAGGGUAUGCAGAGACAGCAGAGCCUCCCUCACACCCAGACUGUGCAGCAGCAGCCACAGCAGGGCCAGUCAUGUUCGUCAGUUGUACCACAGCAGCAUCUUUCUCAUCUGCAGUCACUAAAGCAUCAGGUGGCUCCUCCACAAGCUUUACAUUCACAGCAAGGAGUGACUCAGGAUCUGCGCCACAUAUCUGAUGGAUCUCAGCUUCCGAGCAUGCAGCACAGCCAGGGGCUAGUUGGGUCACAGGCCCUUCCCCAGGCUGUUGCUGCAGGCCCUCCUACCAUGCCUAAUUGCCCCCAGCAAGCCCGACUGGGACCUUAUGGGCCGCAGAAGCUCCCUGACCCAGAUGCCCCACCAAAUAUAACUGUAUCUACCUCCACCAUCCCACUGUCCAUGGCAGCCAGCCUGCAUCAGAACAGACCUGGUGACCUGAGCAUCAUUGUGCACCAAAUCAACCAACUGUGUCAGGCUCGGGCCGGUAUGGGCACCACCUCAGUCUGUGAGGGACAGAUUGCAAACCCCAGCCCCAUUAGCCGCAACCUGCUCAUCAAUGCCAGCUCAAGGGUGUCCUCUCACCACCCAGCUCUGGGCAACGUACCCAGCAGCCUCAUGGUGGGACCACCAGACAAAGCUGCAGCCCAAGCUCCGAGCGUUUCUCUCAAUUCACAGCAGAGUAUAGCUGCUGCUAAUAGUGUACCUGCUUUUCACACCAACCCUGAGAAGGUGGCGCAGCAGCAGCUUCAGCACCAUUUACAUCAGCAGAAACAACAACAGCAGCAGCAACAUUUUCAGCAGCUUCAGCAGCUGCAGCAGCAACGCUCCUGGGCUCAGCAUCAGUUAGCCCACAUGCAGCAGCCUCCUGAGGGGGCCAAUCCUUGCAAGAAUCCAAGGAUGGAACCUCCAGCUGAGUGUGCUUUCCCCUCCAGAAACCUCUCCUACAGCCACAAGCUACCAAACAGUGCACAGAGCUUUCCCCUAAAUCAUCCUGCAGAAAAACCGCAACCCUCAUCCCCUGUUAAAUGCCCAGCAAGUUCUAUGCCUUACAUUAAUGGCCACUACAUGAAGCCACCGUGGAGCAGCGUUCAAGCAACAGCAGGAAACAAUGGCCCUCAAGAGCUCUCAAUGGCUUUCCAGGGAGGGCAGGCUGCUGCUUCCAGAGACAGAAUCCCAGGGGCAAAGUAUAGGCCAGGGAAGGAGGGUCCUAAUGACCAGUCAGAGCUGAUGCAGAAUAUGGAUUUCUUAGGUGGGGAUUUUCAGAUGCCCAGCUUUCAGGAGCAGAAUGUGGAUGCAAUGGGGAAUAUACACAGGUCCGCCAGGAGCCAAGUUCAGGAACCUGGCAGCAGCGGAGCAGUCCAUGCUCAUCGCCCAGGCUACUGUUAAAUGUGCGUUGAUGCCCAUGUGGCGUGUACUGAGUUCUUUGUUUUUGUUCUGGUCUACAGCUGCUUUCAGCUUCUGUAUUUUACUCUUUAAAACCUUCAAAGUGAGCAGUUAAAUUGCAUUGCUUCAGAGCUUGAUUUGGAGACCCACCAGGUGUGAUGUUUCAAAGUAUUCCUCAGGUCUUAAGCCAUGUCGUACUUGUUGCAGAUGAAGGGUUUUUGAGAUCGUUGUCGACUGUUUUAUCUCUGGCACAGAUGUGCUGCUGUUUGUUCAUAUAUCUAUGGUGUUGAGAAAUGUUAAUUUGCAGCUGAGACUAUGCUUGCCUUAUGAUUGUCACAGUGCUUUUCAUAGGUUGACAUGGAACAACUCAACUUUUAUUAGCAUGUGUGGCCUUAGAACUGCCCAGAGGCAAGAUAGAAUAGGAUGUCUUUGUGUAAUGUUUUUAUUUGCAAUUAUUUAUCUUCCUAACAGCUUUGAUCCAUUUGAAUGGGGGUUAUUUGUAUAUGCAAUUAUUAGGACUGUUGACAGUGCUCAAUCCCAUAGCUGCAGUGUACAUUUGUAAAGGGGUCUGGGUGUGAGCCAGAGCUCCCCUAUCAGGAAUACUAACAUGGCUUCUGAACGAUAUUGUUGGUGGUCCAGGUGAUUUUUGACAUUGCUCUUGGUGGGAUGUUUUAUGUUUUUGUUUUUGUUUUUUAAGGAAGAAAAAAAAAACCCUGCCAGAACUAGCAAAAUCGGUAACCUUCUCCAUUUCUGAGAUUCUUGUUGUGUGGGAGUUCUUUUUAAAAUUUUCUUUUUUGUUGUUGUUGUUUUUGCAUUUCUGUACAUUGUCUUACUUGAAUCGUAGAAUUUGCUUUUAAAUGUCAUGCUUAACAUUUGGAACAGGGGCAGAAAGUCUCAUUAGCUCCCCACAUGUUAAUCUUUAGGCAAUGUGAAACAGAAUGGGUCCCAUUACUUUAAACUGAGCGUGUCUGUAUGUGAAAGGUAAACUGAUCAUGUGCAUGCAUGCAAGUACGUCAGAUCAUGCUACCGGGGAAAAUGUAAUUUCCCUUGAGCACAGGUUGUCACCAUUUUACUACUGUAAUGCAAGUGAAUUGAUGUGGCGUGGAUGUUUCCUUUUCUGUGGGGCUUGUGGUCAGUUGUUCAUCUACUAGUCACCGGCCUUACCACGUGUCGUAUUUUUGUGACCUACAGAGAAAGAACUAAGAACAUGUAAUGCAGGUCAUGUUUUACUAGAUGUACCAUAGUUGAUGUUGUCUGGGCUUGUGUUGCUGUAUUAACCUCAAGCCUUCUGGAAAAAGCCUUAAAUGACACACUAGUUAUAGUCUACUUUAACAGUUUCUUUGCCAGGAUCACAACUUGUGUAUGGCUGUGAGGAAGGUUGUUUUUUCUUUUUUUGUUGUUGUUGUUUUUUGCCCCUGAACUUUGGUUUCUCUGUUUAAAGCUAAUGUUGGAUUAUUUGGAAGGUGUUAACAUGUACAGGCAGUAGGAAUGGAUGAUAUUGCCUUAAGGUAAUAAUGCUACUCAUCCCAGAUUAUAAAGCCCUCAUCCUUCUGUCUGAAAUGUUGCCUAUCUAAGGAUUUAGGAUAGUGGAGAAAAAAAUGACUUGAUAGCAGAUUUAAUAGGUAUUUAGACCAGGGAUGUAGCAGUUAUUUUAAGGUAUUUGAACUGUUUUUAGUUGUUACAUGUAAUAUCCUCAUAGUUUAAUUUAUUUUUUUGGACCACUGCAUCCUGAAGCCAUAGGUAUUUUCACAUUAGGUGCCAUAGGUGACAUCCUGAUGCAGGCAAUAGGUUUGCAUCAUUGCUUUAAUGUCUUUCACAACAGCAGUUCUUUUUUUUCCUAACUGGAUUGUUCUCAGAACAUCGUACAGAUUAAAAGGGAGAAAGAAUUGCAAGAUGAUGAAUCUUCAAAGAGACAAUUCUCUUACAAGCUGUAGCUUUUCUGGAGUUCAGUCUUUGUACUUAAUGGCAGUUUUUUU